UUUUUGAGUACCUCCAUUUCGUUAAUGAACAGCAUUAACUCGCUAUUCAAUGGGCCUACAAAAAUAUCUAUAUGUUUGUCGGUGAAUUGCUAGGCUAAUAUUUUUUUCUCUAGUAUAUUUGCAGAGAAUUUGGACGUCAAUUCCUUACCAUCUCCUUCACAAUGGUGGAAUUACCAGACCCCACCAUUGACCUGGAUUGGUCUGGUUAUGUCGGGUCAAUCCAGUCGCAUUUCGCUGAGAACGCAAAGAAAUACCCAGACCGAGUAUGCGUGGUAGAAACUGAAUCGUUGGAAGCUCCGGAGAGGAGAUUCACCUACAGACAGAUCUAUGAGGCAUCAAAUACCCUCGCACAUUACCUUCACGAUGCCGGAGUCACCAAUGGCGAUGUUGUGAUGAUCUGGGCGCACCGGUCUGUCGACUUGGUUGUUAGCAUUAUGGGGACUUUGAUGUCCGCUGCAACUAUGAGCAUCCUCGAUCCUGCCUACCCACCAGCCAGGCAACAAAUAUACCUGGAGGUCUCCCAGCCUUGUGCAUUGGUUAAUAUUGAAAGAGCAACGCACGAGGCCGGCCCUUUGGCGCCAACUGUGCGAAAGUAUAUCGAUGAAGAGCUUAAAUUGAAAGCGGAAGUACCAUCAUUACGUAUUCACGACAAUGGACUUUUAUCCGGGGGCGAGAUUGAUGGACAGGAUAUCUUUGCCCAGGUCAGGUCAAAGGCUUCUUCCUCUCCAGUUACACUCGUAGGGCCUGAUAGCAAUCCCACACUUUCGUUUACUUCUGGCAGUGAAGGAAGACCGAAGGGCGUUCUUGGCCGUCAUUUCAGUUUAGCCAAAUACUUUGGCUGGAUGGCUGAGAGGUUCGAGCUUACUUCAGAGAGCCGAUUUACCCUUCUGUCAGGAAUUGCACAUGAUCCCGUACAAAGAGAUAUUUUCACUCCUCUCUUUCUUGGCGCGCAAUUGUUGGUUCCCUCGAAGGAGGAUAUCCAACAUGAGAAGCUUGCUGAAUGGAUGAGUGAGCACAAGCCUACUGUUACUCAUUUGACACCAGCAAUGGGACAGAUUCUCGUUGGUGGCGCAUCAGCAAAAUUUCCAUCGUUAGACAGAGCCUUCUUCGUUGGCGACGUCUUGACCACGAGGGACUGUCGGAGCUUAAGGGAACUUGCCGUGAACGUCAACAUAGUCAACAUGUAUGGGACUACCGAAACGCAGCGUGCAGUAAGCUACUAUGAAAUACCGAGCCGGGCGAAGAACCAUGACUACCUGGACAAACUCAAGGAUACCGUACCAGCUGGGAAGGGCAUGAAAGACGUUCAGCUCCUUGUUGUCAAUCGAGAUGAUCGUACCAAGCUAUGCAAGGUUGGAGAAGUGGGAGAAAUAUACGUCCGUGCUGCUGGUCUUGCGGAGGGGUACAAGGGAGAUCAAGCCUUGAACAGCCAAAAGUUCCUUUUGAACUGGUUCGUGGACAAUGAAAGGUGGGUUGAAGCUGACAAAAAGAGUAACAAAGGUGAGCCUUGGAGGAAAUACUACUUCGGCCCAAGGGAUAGACUUUACCGGACUGGAGACCUCGGUAAAUACCUGGAGACGGGAGAUGUGGAGUGUACCGGUCGUGCCGACGACCAAGUCAAGAUCCGCGGUUUCCGCAUCGAGCUCAAUGAUAUUGACAAUAACUUGCGCCAACAUCCCUUAAUCAGAGACUGCAAGACUCUUGUCCGGAGAGAUAGAUAUGAGGAGCCAACACUCGCCAGUUACAUUGUCCCUGAGCUGAAAGAGUGGCCACGAUGGUUGAAAGAUCAAGGCCUCGAGGAUGUUGAGGACGAGGGAACUGAUAUCGGUCCCGCAAUUAUCUAUACCAAACGGUUCAGGCGGAUGCAAACGGAGAUACGAGAUCAUUUGAAAGAUCGCUUACCCAGCUACGCUGUGCCGACAAUCUUCAUUGUUCUCAACAAGCUACCGCUCAAUCCCAAUGGGAAAGUCGACAAGCAGAAGCUCCCAUUCCCUGAUAUUGCAGAACAGUCCGAGCCUGCUUCCUCAGAAGACUUGGAAAGAUGGGAGUCUAUGUCCGAGACGGAACGAGCUGUCGCAACAAAGUGGGCCGAUCUGAUUCGCGGCCUGAAUCCAAAGACUAUUACCCCACAAAAUGACUUCUUCGAUCUCGGAGGCCAUAGCAUCUUAGCCCAGCAGAUGCUAUUGACCAUCCGCAAAGAAAUGGGCGCGAAUGUCCCAAUAAACACCCUUUACGAAUACCCCAGCCUAGGUGGAUUUAGUGCACAAGUUGAUAGACUACUCAAUAUAAAGAAAGGCAUCGUCAAAGCAGGUGCCGCUACAGAGGAAGAGAAAGAUUCCGUCUACUCCAAGUCCCGGGAUGAACUUCUCAAGCAACUGCCAACUACAUAUCAAACGGCGGACCCGGAAGCUAUCCGCAAAUCCCCUUGCCCUACAGUCUUUCUUACUGGUGCAACUGGCUUUUUAGGCUCUUACAUCAUCAAAGAUAUCCUGGAGAGAACUAGUCGCACCAUCAAGCUGACUGUGCACGUGAGAGGUGUAAAGGACUCCCAAGCUGCUCUUGAUCGACUUCGAAGAUCCCUACAGGGCUAUGGCUUAUGGCAAGAGGAAUGGGCAGGCCGACUAGGCUUCGUUGUCGGAGAUCUAUCCAAACCACAGCUUGGUAUUGACCGGCAAAGUUGGCAGACUCUAGCCAACGAAGUCGAUUUGGUGAUCCACAAUGGAGCGGCUGUCCAUUGGGUUCGGCCAUACAACGAUAUGAUGGCGGCAAAUGUUCUUUCCACGAUUGACGCGAUGAGGCUUUGCAAUGAAGGAAAACCAAAGAUGUUCACGUUUGUCAGCUCUACGAGCGUGCUUGACACGGAUCAUUAUGUUAAACUCUCACAACAACACCUUAGCACGGGUCGAGAUGCUAUAUCAGAAGACGAUGACAUGGAAGGCAGUCGAACUGGCUUGGGAACUGGCUACGGGCAAACGAAAUGGGUAUCUGAGCAGCUCGUCCGCGCAGCAGGAAAGAGAGGCCUCCUGGGCUCUGUUGUUCGACCGGGAUACAUCCUAGGUGACGCUGAGACAGGUGUUUGCAAUACCGACGACUUCUUGAUCCGUAUGCUGAAGGGCUGUAUUCAAUUAUCCAGCCGGCCACGCAUAAUCAACACCGUCAACUCUGUCCCAGUAAAGCAUGUCGCUCGUGUGGUCGUAGCUGCCGCUCUAAACCCCCUCCCAAGUGGCGUGCAUGUCGUCCAUGUGACUGGCCACCCACGUCUCCGUAUGAACGAAUACCUGUCCCUUCUCGAGUUCUAUGGCUACAGAGUUCCUGAGGUCGACUAUGACAUUUGGAAGGAUGAGCUGGAGAAAUACAUUUCAGCUGGUGGCCCAGAGAAGGAUCAAGAGCAGCACGCCCUAAUGCCUCUCUAUCAUUUCUGUGUAAACGAUCUUCCAGCUACGACUCGAGCUCCCGAGCUCGAUGAUAGAAAUGCCAUUAAAAUUUUGAAAGCUGAUGCUGAGAAUUGGACUGGCGUAGACGAAAGUGCCGGAUAUGGCAUCAGUAGGGAGGAUGUUGGCAGAUACUUGAGCUACCUGGCAGAGAUCGAGUUCGUGAGUCAACCGUCGGCCAAAGGCCGGCCAUUGCCUAAGGUCCACGUCAGUGCAGCGCAGUUGGAGGCUGUUGGAGCUGUCGGAGGUCGUGGCGGCAUGCCUAAAUGAAGCAGAUGAUAUGGAUUUAUCUGCGUGCACCACGCGGUGAACUAUUUCUUAUGGUAUCUGAAUAUCUUUGAUAUAUACUCAAUCCUUUUUAGCUACAGGUAUACGGAAAAGUUUUGAGUUAUAACUUCCUGUUAAAUAAACUUGCCGAACUUGUUCCCUCUCGAAUUGUGUGUACCAAGCUUAGAACGAAAAAACGGAUCUUCUGGCAUUUUAUUCCUUGUCAACUCUGCACUCUUCCUCAUUUUAAACCUCGUUUCACAUACCCACCAUCACAACUCUACCAUCCGUUGGGCAAAAAACCCCUGGAUUCCUGGUAUAGCUGAUCGACUAGGCUAGAUAGACAUGUCGAUUCGCUACAUAAAAUUCUCAAAAUAAAAAAAAAAAAAAUUAAAAAUUAAAAAAAAUUAAAGCAUAUCCCUAAAUCUCCUCCAAAUCAUCAUCAUCUAACCCCAAAUCCAACGGCGGAAAUUCACCCACCUCAACCCUCUCCGGCUUCACAAACACACCUCUCUUGUCCGGACAGUCGAAAUACCGAUGUCCUCCCACAGACCCGUCAUUUUUGCCAGUAGGUUCAUCAAGUUCAAUGCCGACCCAGAUCGGUACCAUUGUGUCUGUGAUUUCAUCAUCAUCAUCAUCUUCUUCUUUUUCUUCUUCUUUAGCGUCUUUGCCCUCCGUUGCUGAUGAUGAUAACGAUUUGACUAGCGGAGAAGGAAUGGUAGGUACGGGCCCGAUGAAGCGGAUUGUCCCGCGCCUGACAUGGGGUGGGGUGGAGGGGUGGAUAAUGGCCCGCUUUAAAAGUUCGAUGCCUAGUGUGUGUUUACGCGUUGGUAUAAAUAUAAAAUGGAAAGUUUGUGGAAGAGACAGAGAAAGAGCGGCGAAGGUCUCAUUCCUGGCUUUCUUCAAUUAUACAUACCUCUCUGUUUAAUCUCCUGCUGCUCCUUUUCCACUUGCUGCUUGAGCAUUUGUUCAGGGGAGAGCGCCUUUGGGUCGAAGCGGCCCAGUUUCUGAUUCUUUUUCCAUGACAGAACGCUUUUGGGGAGGGAUUCGUAGGUUGAGGUUGGGAGUGUGUAUUUUUCUACUGAGGAGAGAUCGGUGAAAUUUGGGCGCGCGGAUGGGGGUCGAGUGUCGUGGACCUGGCCAUGUGGUUAGCUUUGAGUGUAGGGGCAAAUAGUCAUAUAGGUAAUUCAAAAUGGGAGUAAACUGGGGAGAAAGGGGGGAAGAGGGAAGGUUGGGAGGCGCAAGUAAGGAUGAUAGUAAUCAUGCGGAAGCGCACGCGAGAAUUCAAAAUGUAAAUACCCCAAAGGCAGUAUGUGAUUCCAAAAAUCAUCGUAGGACAUAACACCCUGUGACUUAUUGCUUUUAUCCAUCAGUUUGUCCCAGAGAUAUCUUAUGAACGGCGCCAGGUAGACAGCCCAAUUAUUAAUGUAAAUGUAGGAAAAACCCGUAGCAGAUGAAAUGGAAAUAACGAAAGAUA